CUAUCGAACCAUCGCCCAUCGCUAGCUUCUGCGCGUGUUUCAAUGGCCUGGCUGUAAAAAAAGGCGAAAAAUAUUGCUUAAAACUUGUUUUUCACGCGUAAUUCGAGCUCUCCCCGCAGCCAAAUUGUGAAACACCCAAUCCCCGUACAAUACUCCAAGUGUUGCAACUAAAAUACGGCGGAAAAGUGCGCGCACAGAGUGAGCAGAAUAUAAAAUGCAAAGCGUGGACGGCGACGUGCAAAAAGAAGAAAAUUUUGUACCCCUCACGAGAGACGCGCAAAAAGGCGAAAAGACGAGUAUUCCGCAUUGUUCGUCGGGACCAAGCUAAAAAGCAUUGCGUGCAAUUGUGAAAUCCGCUUGCAUAACGCAGCCGAGAGUCCUGGUCGUUUAUAAACAUUUGAAACCAGGCGUAAAUUGUAUAAGUACGCCGAGGGGUGGGGGCACCCCUUCUCCGUCGCUGUCUCCGUCUCGGCCAAUCCAAUCCAAUCCGCUGGGCAAAAAUCUCUCGGCCUCUCGGUUUCAGUUUCGGUCUCUUUUUGGUUCAGUUCAGUUGUUCAGUUGUGCAGCGAACUUCCGUGAAAUCGGUUGUUGUUUUGGCUACGUUCUCUCUUUGCGGUUUGCGCGCGUAAAUUCGUCGCUCUCUCUCUCUCUCCCCACUCUCUUUCUGCCGCCUACAAUUUGUGGGAAAAUUCUACCUAAGCAGGGGUACAGCAACAACAGCAAAAACAAAUACAGGAGGAGAGGAGCAGCUGCGUAUAGAACAACGAAAAGAGAAAAUAGAGAGCGCGAGAACCGGAACGGACUCAACGCCAACGGCAUGCAAAGCGUGUGAAUGCAGAAAAUAUGAUGGAAGCAUUGGAUCAGCAACAAGCCAAGCUAACGUCUAACCGAGAUGAUGGAGAAGCGAGAACAGGAUCGGGAACGGGCUCUGAAGUGGGAGCGACCACUGGAGGAGGAGGAGGAGCUGCCGGCGAGGAAGACGACUUCGAGGAGCCUCAUCAUGCGCUGGGCCUGGCGGAGGAGGAAAGCGAGAACAACAACGCCCAGGAGGAAAAGGGCGAAGGAAAGCGGAAAAAGAGCGCCGAUGACGUGAUAGACUUAACCCUGGCAAAUGGCCAGGACUGCCGAGACAUGCCAGAGGAAGAGACAGAGCCGACAGAGGAAUCUCCACUUGAUGGGGGAGAAGCCACAAUAACAACAGAGAACGAGGCAUCUCUAUUGGUUCCAGCAGACGCUGCUCCGUCAUCCACAUAUCUUGUCAAGCAAGAGCUGGCCGAUGAUAUCCCAGAGGAGCUCGUAGAACCUGCAAAAAUUCCACAUGAGGAGUUCUUGGGUGAUAUCAAACUAAAGACCGAAGUGGUUGACCAGGCCGAUUUAUUAAGUGAUAACCAAAGCGAGUUCUUAUCCGAUGCAGAAGAGCAGCCAGUAGAUUUUCCAGUCGUAAAACGUGUGUCUGAAGCCGCUGAGUCGGCUGUCGAUAUUCUGCCACAGGAAGCAGAGAGUGAAGAAAUGGAAGAAAAAUAUUUCCCAUCUGUCGAUAAAGAUUCCGAAAGCGAGGACGAGGAAAAACUGUUGACCACGCCAGUAAUAGAUCUGGAAACAGACUCGGAAUGUGGAGAAAAGGAGUUCUUAUCCAUUAAAGAUCCCAACAGUCCUGUUUUGCAGAACGAAGAUGUAAAGGAAGAGUCCCAGUCCUCAAAAGAUAUUUAUAAAUAUGCUGUUGGUGAGGAUGUUUCCAAUGCAGAACCUGAAGGGGAUAAAGCACCAUCGAACCGUGCUGACGAAUCUCUUCUAGACGGAUCCGAUACAGUGGAUUCUCCUUCGUUGACUAUGGAUGUAGAUCUUCCAAGCAGCGAAGACGGAGGUGCUCCCUCGGAUGUCAUUAAAAUCGAGUCGGAUUCGGAAGAUGAAGUUCGUAGUGUCAAGUUGAAGGAACCUAAUGAAGAGGUCGUUCCGAUGAUCAAACUGAAUGGGGCUCAUCAAGCUUUGAAAGAAGAGAAGCAGCAGGAUGAAGAGGAGAAGGAGCAAGUGGAAUCCGAGCAAACGCCAGAGGAGCCCAAGCAACUGUCUGUGAUAACAAACCACAUUGGCAAGAACACAAAAGUGGAGGACUCAACCGCUCCACAGGAGCCGCCGCUUUCCCUGAUUCUACCCGUUCGUACAAGCCGUAGCAGGAGCACAAGUAGCAGGAGCAGCACCGUGAGCUCUGCUUCGCAGCCCCAGCUGGUCAUUGAUCAUCCGGAGAGCGAGCACAAUGCCAGGGUGCAGACGCUGAAGCUUUCCCUGAAGCGCAGGCGCAGUAAAAGUUCCUUCGUCAGCCAACCCGAGAAACAAGCAAAGGUCGAAACAGGUAGCUCUGUCUCCUCGCUGCUCCUGCAACGCCUCCAGGGGAAUCCCACUGUGGGCCCACCCGUGGCCCCGCUGGAGAGCCAAGUCCUAAAUUGUGCAAAGUGCAAUCUACAGUUUGAGUUCGAAAGCUUCCAGCAGCUGAACGAGCACCAGGCCCAGUGCACCGGUAUCACGAGCGUCAGUACGAGCAGUUCUCAGCUGCUACAGAAGAAGGAGCGCUUCUUCCGAUGCGCGCAAUGCAGCAGUGUGCACCAGUGCUGGCACUUUUUCCUCCACAUGCGAGAAGUUCACCAGCGCUACAUUUGUCUAUAUUGCAACCACGUGUACCCCAGUGUGGAGAAGCUCUCGCUGCAUCUAGAGAACAAGCACGAUAUCGACCAGAGCCACUUCGCCAAGGAUGCGUGGGCACUUCAGCAGAAAACGGAGGAUAGGGCAAGGCAUCUCGUCUGUUGCACGUGCCAAGCCACCUUCGUGCAGGGCUCUGAGUUUGAAGAUCACGAUUGCUCCCAGCUCAUGCAGCCAUGUGCUUUGUGCGGCCAAAAGGGUUGCCAUGCCAUGGGCUGUAAGAAUAACAAACGAAAGCCGAUACGAAGGAAGAGAAAGGUGCGAAGGCCGCCGGAACUGCCUCCGCCUCCGCCUCCGCAGCAGGUGGUUGAACAACCCGCACCUAUAGAGGUAAUACCGGAGCAACCGUCAUUGCAGUUGCCGCUGCAACCGGAGCUUGAGAACCCGCCACUGCAACCAGAACUUCAGAACCCCUUCCCGGUUGAAAACAUUCCAGCGCCUGAGACCGUCGAAGAACCCCCAGCGCCUCCUGUUCCCAAGUUGGUGGUGCCCAAGAUUAUGUUACGCGUGCCCAAAGAGUUUCAGAAGUCUGUUGAUGCAGCUCUUAGCAGCACGGAUACGGAGGAAGAGGAAUUGGAAACGACGCAAGCAAUGGAAGAAGCUGUGCCUGCACCACCCGAGGACUUACCCUUUGAGGCACCACCUCCGAUUCAGCCGCCGGUGGUCAGCUUCGAUGACUCGACUUCGGCUAAGCUGAAUCGCGUUCUUGCGGAAUUGGAGCGCACCAAGCUGGACAUUGAGCGAACCAAGGCGGAUAUAAUCACUAAAAAGCAAUCCAAGGUAAUCAUGGCCCUUGCACAGGUGGAAAAUGUUGCGCCACAGGUGGUGGAUCCUCCUCAGCAGCUGCAGCCACAGCAAGAGGAGCAACGUCGCUGGUCACUCACGCCUCCUGCGUCACCACACAACAAUCACGUUAAUCUGCCCGAACCUCCACCAGCUGUGAUUACUGAAUUUCAAGACCGUCCCGAUGCAGUGCGUCGCAACAGCCUCGGUAGUGAUUGCAUGGACAUAGAUGACAGCUUGAAUGGACCAGAAAUUGAGGAUAGUAGAGAUCAGGCAAAGGAACAAGAAGAAUCCGAGGAAGGAGCUCAACCUUUACAGGAAAGGUUACAGGUUGCAGAACCGCUUCUCAUUGAGCCUCCUCCACCUGCCGACGGCAUUAUGGUGGCAGGAGCUGAUACGCACACGGUGGAUCUGCAAUUGGAUCGUCCUCUUGACCGAUUCUCCAUGGUUGAUUUCGUACGUCUGUGCUUGAAAUCUGUUUAUGCUAUGUGUCUGUACUGUAAUCAUGCUCGAAGAAUCGCGGUGAAUGGAAAGCAGCUGGUACUCCAUAUUAUUAGCCAGCACCGGUUUACGGCUACAGUGGACAGCAUCACGGCAGAGGAGCUGCAUGCGGAGACGAUUGUUGCGAGGCUAAAAAGCUUUCUCCCGCACCUAGAGAACGAGUAUAUGAAUGCAGCCAGUUGUUGCAGUGUGGAAGCUGGCAAGUAUGCUGAGCCGUUCAACGAGCGAAUCUAUGAGUGCUUCACCUGCCGCUUUGUGACCUCUACGCACAAGGAGCUGUACACCCACAAUAGGAGGAUGCACAUCAAGUCGAACAUAAUGUGCGUCAUGUGUCAGACGAACUUCUACAGCUACAGUGAGAUUCUGUGUCACAUUUGUCCGGGCGAGGUGGCCGGCAGUAUUUAUGACCUCCAGUUCCGGUGCUGCCUGUGCGAGAUGGCUCCAUUGCCUUCCGCAUUUAGGCUGAUGGUGCACCUGAGGAAACAGCACCAGGCCUGCGACAUCUGUUUGGAGGAUUGCCAGAGCCAGGCGAAGCUCUCGUCGCACGUGUGGAAGCACAAGCUGCUGCAUUUGUGCUAUCGGUGCGGUAUUGCCUACCGCAACAAGCAGGACAUCUCAAAGCAUCUGUUCUGGAAGCACGGAACGGAGAGUGCAAGCUGCAAGCAAUGUCUACAGAAGCGCUGGCGGCAUGUCUACCACUUUUGUGUGCCGCCGGCGCAGUUUCCAUGCGAGCAGUGCGGCUUUGUCUUCAGCAAGGCCAUCUACUUGGAGGUGCACCAAAGGAUGCACUCAGGAGAUUUCCGCUAUGCGUGCACGGAGGAGGGAUGCGAGGAGAAGUUUGUGUCGCGAAAGCUCCUGCUCAAGCACGCCAGCAGUCAUGUGGUAAAGGAACUGACCCAAGCAGUUCCCGAAGAGCCGACGAAUGGUGAUAUUACGGCCCAAAAGCUGGAGGAGAUCAAAAAGGAACCAGAGGCCGAAGAAACGAAAGAAGGAAAUGAAAAAGAAGAGAAACUCUUGUCUGCGGCGGAAACCAAUAAAGAGUCUGCAAAGAAGGAGGAAUCGGAGGAGUCUGUAAAAGAGCAGACAGUGAGUAAAUCUGAGAAUCGCAAGCGGCGCAAAAAGUCUAAGCGCAACAAGGAAUCCUUGGAAGACCUCAAUCUCAUCGCACCCAAUCUCUCGGAGUCUGAUAGCAGUGAAGACAGCGAUUCCAGUGCACCGAGAAGCAGCCACCAGGAGCAGCCAGUUCUGCCUAUGCGAUCGUCUGUGGAUGACCUGGGCAUGCCCAAGGUUAUGCUCUCCCCAUCCUCGGAAAGUGAUGCCGACGAACUGGAUGGCCAGCUCAAGCCGGAGGAUAAGGAAACACUUAUUGACGGCUCCAAAAAAGACACGGAUUUGGAUGCUAGCAAAGCCGACGACGAAUCAGAGCCCAAAAAGGAGGAAGAUCAAGUGGAUGUCUCGAUUUGGAAAAACUUGCUUCAAAAUCAGUCGGUCAUCCCGGAGGAUCAGGCGGUUAAGGAGGAGGAAAGAGAGGCAGUGCUGGUCAAUCAGCCGCCUGCCAAGCUUCAUGUUGCCUGGUCUGAUCACGAUUACUGCAAGUUGCACCGGACACCACCACCAUCGCCCGUAAAACAAAAAUCAUCCGGCAAGGCAUCGACCAAAACUCCAGGGCAGAAUGCCUCAAGCGAUAGCGACAGUUCCAGCAGCUCCAGCUCAUCGGACUCGGAUUCUUCAAGCUGUUCCUGUGGCUCAAACUGUAGCUGCAGUUCCAGCAACAGCAGCAGUUCCAGCGAUGACUCCGACGAUUCGGACAGUUCCAUCGCUCGAGGAUCGCCCCAGAAGCGGUCGCGCAAGAAAUCGCUAAAGCUGAAGAAAAGCACAGAGUCACUCAAAAACGGACAGCAAAAUGAUCGAAUUCCAGAGGACGACGAUAAAUUGACUGCCGUGAAUGAAAACCAUAAUUCUGGUGCUCCACCAUCGCCGAAACCACCGCUGUAUAAUGAGUCGGAUUUCGAUACUGCUUUCUCGGAUACAGAUGAAGAGUUCUACGACUCCCAUCCACAGAAACUGGCCAAUGAAUUGCUGGCUCAAAAACGCGAGGCUCUCCUGGCGGAGCAUGCACCACUGCGUCCGAGCAACAAUUACGACAUUGUGGAGAACAGUCGACCUUCGACGCCAUCCCUUCCUGAGGAGGCGUCUGCUUUUGCAGAUAAGCGGGAAAGGGUGAGAAAUAAGAAAAAGAAGCGGGAACGCAAGUCUACGUGUAGGUCUGGCAAGAUGCCACAGAUGGCUAGUACACCUCUCCCCAUGGACAGGAUGAUCGGAAUGCCUGGGAUGAUAGCGCCUUUGGAGCCACCCACUCCUAUUCCGUCUCACCAAGAAUCUUCUUUAUUUCCCAUCACCCCACUAACCCAUCGCCAUUUGCAUUCUUCGAUGACCAGAAUGAGUGAGGGCAGCAGUUGCUCCGAUGCCGAUGGCCAAUUGAAGCGCUCGAAACGUCAGCGAAGACCCAACAAGUUCUAUGGCUACACGAGCGACGAUGAAAACAUGAGCACCAUCCUUGCACCACCACUACAGGUGGGAAUGCAGCUGAUAAAACCACAGCCGCCACCACAGUUGACCUGGGCCAAGGAGGAUCUGCCCACACCGCCCAAACAGCGUAAUAGGAAUAACAACAAUAGUCACCACCAUCACUCGCACAGCAAUGGUGGAACCGGCUUGGCAGGAUCGUCGCGGAAGAGGAGUAAGCAGCGAUCGCUGAUUGGAGCAGGAGGAUCUCGCUCGGCCAAGCGCCACAAGCCAGAUCGAGAAAAUCACUUGCCACCCAUUCCGACUCUCAAGAUUCGACCCAGCCUGCUGCCUGCCACAGCUCCGCCGACAGACAGCAGUGACAGCAGUUCUGAUGAGGAUGAUGCGGAGAUUAAUGUGACCAGUUUGGCAGUUCCGCAACCAGCACCUCCUCCAGUUUUGCCACCGCCUCCCCCGGUGGCUUUGCCGGUUCAACCACCUCCACCGCCUCCUGCUGCUACUGCUUUUAACCAACCCAUUCCACCUGCCCUGCUGCCUAAUCCCGGGUUCGCUACGCUGCAGUACUUCAAGGCCAACAACAUUCGGUAUCCCAUUCGACCGCCGGCGGGAGCGCGUCUCGCUCGCGAGGGAGAAUCCGUGUACUGCUACUGUCGCUGUCCCUAUGAUGAGGUCUCCGAGAUGAUCGCAUGCGACGGGGACAACUGCCUGAUUGAGUGGUUCCACUUCGAGUGUGUGGGAAUCAUGGUGGCGCCGCAGGGCAAGUGGUUUUGCGCCGAGUGCAGACCUAAGUACUCGGAGGGAAUCUAUCAGGGCGCCAAGCCGCAAUGAAAGGGGGCGGCUUAACUGCAUCAUUGCUUCCUCCUACCACAAAAAAAUCAACUAUAACUACAAACCCCACUACAGAAUGGAUUACGCUUAUUAAUUGAUAAAAACAUGUAGUCGCUUGUUCUCGGCGAUCAACUGAGAAUGAGAUCUAUAUCUUAUCUAAAAACUACUAAAAAAAAACAUCUAGAGUAAUAAAGUAACGUAUUGUAAAAAUGGAGGGAAUAUUGUUACCCCAGGCUCAAAGAGGCUCUCCGAGGAGAGCCUAAGCUAAGCUAAUGCUAAUUUAAAUAUCUGCAAAAAGCUUAUCAAGUAAUACAUAUAUAUUUCUAUAUCCACUUAAAUUGUAUGUAAAUAUCGAUGGCUGCAUAUUUCGUAUGCAAUUUGUAAAAUAUCUAGAUUACGCGAGAGAUCCCAUAAACACUUAGGAAAUAGGGUAUACACUUAUAAAUAGAAGUCCCCAAGUAUAGUACAUAACUAAUUCUACAUAUAUAUAUAAUGACUAUGAUUAGAAAACAAACAAAUCGAAAGCCAGCUGCAAAUCGAGAUGCAAUGGAUUAUGAGAAAAUAAACAUGCAACAUUGUGAGACGUAUACAACAAAAACUAUCAAAACUAA